AUAGCAGAAGAUCUAGGAUAGUGGGACUUUUAGAGAGAGAGAGAGUGUGUGUUUUGGGUUUCACCAUCUGAAAUUUAUCUGAAGGGAGAGAGAGAGAGAGAAGGAAGAAAUUUAUCUGUGUUUUGUCACGAUCAUUGGAUGCACGUGGAAGUGUUUCUGUUACACAAGGGCUGUCCUUUAAGUUAAGCUUGAGAAAAGAAUGGCUCAUUCCUGGGUUCACAAAGAUAGAGGGGAGUUGAGGAUUUAUGAAAAUUUGAAUGAGCUCAGCACUGAUUUAGCCGACUAUAUCGCUGAAUUAGCAGAGGUCUCGGUGAAAGAGCGAGGUGUCUUUGCCAUUGCUUUAUCUGGUGGUUCUCUCAUUGGCUUGAUGGGAAAACUGUGUGAAGCUCCUUACAACAAGACUGUUGACUGGGCUAAAUGGUAUAUAUUUUGGGCGGAUGAGCGUGUGGUGGCAAAGAACCAUUCUGAUAGCAAUUAUAAGUUAGCAAAAGAUGGCCUAUUGUCCAAGGUGCCUGUUGUUCCCAGCCAUGUACAUUCUAUCAAUGAUACGGUGACGGCAGAGGAAGCUGCUGAUGAGUAUGGGUUUGCCAUACGACAGCUAGUGAAAACCCGCGUCAUCAGCGUAUCUGAUACCAGUGAUUGCCCCAAGUUUGAUCUCAUCCUUCUUGGAAUGGGCUCCGAUGGACAUGUUGCCUCGCUGUUCCCUAAUCAUUCUGUGCUCGAGGAGAAGGAUGAAUGGGUAACUUUUAUAACUGAUUCUCCCAAGCCUCCACCGGAGAGGAUUACUUUCACACUGCCCGUCAUCAACUCAGCGUCCAAUGUGGCUGUGGUCAUCACAGGUGGCAACAAAGCAGAGGCCGUACACUUGGCAAUUGAUGAUGUGGGACCUGACUGCCCAUCACUGCCUGCGCGGAUGGUCCAGCCAACUAAGGGGAAGUUGGUGUGGUUUAUAGACAAGCCGGCUGCCCUGAAACUUGAUUGCUGUCAAUUCUCUGAAUAGAGCCAAGUGUGUCUGCAUACUUAGUGGAGAGAUUCAACACUUGUUGAUCCUUUUUUGUCAUCCAUUUGUUCCCCCCCUUUUUGGCUUUGGGUUAAUCUCUCCUUUUUGGCUUUUCUUCCCUCUCUAUUCUAAGGGGGUUGUGGAAGUGUGAUUAUCCUUUUUGUAAGAAGAGGUUAAUAAGUUGGGCCCCAAUACAAAAAGCCUUUUCUGGUUGUGAUUUCAUUUGAGAAUUGACUCUGAAGCUGGGUGGUCGGUUCCAUGAGAAAGCUGGCUGGUGGGGUGUCAAAAUGCAGGCCCUCUGUUCAUAGUGAAAAUCAUUUUCAUGAAAUCUAAUAGUUCUUUUUCCCUGUUCCUCAUUUCCUUUUGCCUUUGUUCUUUAAGUCCAGAUUCUAUGAACAAAUAAAUGGAGUUGCUGUUGCCA